AUGAGAAUUUAUGAAGCUGAUCUGAGAGUAGUUGCAUACGGUGAUUUUACUUUCAUUGAUCCCCUGGAUAGUCUCGAAGAAUUUGUUGAAGGCAUAGAAUUGCCGCCGGAGUUUGUUACUUCUCCCAUUUCCCUCAACAUAUGUUGCGAUUCUGCAGCAGUACCAGAAAAUCCACCAUUGGAAGCAAAUGUCCAAGGUAAUAACGAUUUUGAGCACAACAAUGUCGGACCUUUGCCUUUUAGCAGACAUUUACAUCCACAUGACUUUAGACUUACUGGAGCCUGUAAGCUUACAGCUCUCGAAAUUACCGACAACGAUAUCAAGGUUCUUGAAGAGGGUCUCCGUCCAUUCGGAAACAUUGCCAAUGAUUUUACUCUCCCAUCGCUCCGCACGCUCAUGAGGUAUAUGGAAGCCUGGCGUAUAGGAUUAUCCCGCCACUUCCCAGUCAUACACUUUCCUACCUUUCGUCUAGGGAACUGCAUUCCUGAACUCAUUCUUGCUAUAGCCGCACUCGGCGCAGUGCAGGCAUUGGAAGAACAUACAUCCAGGAAGUUAUACAAAGCGGCUAGAGCUGUGGCUUUGGAGAGAUUGCAGGUCGACAGGUUCGACUCACAAUCCGCCGAAACUCUCGUUUUUCUCCUGAUAUAUUCGACUUGGGCCCGCGAUGCCUCUGUUGUUACCGAAGGAUUUGAGUUACAUGAGCCGAUAUUGCAGUACAUGCGAGGAAGCGAUGUUGCGAAACAUGACCACUCUAUCGAGCAGACCUGGAUUGAGUGGGCAUUAUCUGAGACCGAACGCCGGAUUUCCUUCCUUGCAUUUUGUUUCUUCGACAUUCAUUCCAUCAUAUAUAAUCGACCGCCAUCUAUAUUCACCAGAGAAACUCACCUUCGACUCCCCUGCUCAGUAGAGGAGUGGCAAGCUACAGAUGACCAAGAGUGGGCGGCAUGUCGACAAGCGAAGCCGUCUGAUCCGAUUAGCUUUAAAGAUGCACUUGAGUCCCUUGUGACUGCUGAGGCAGCGGGUUGGGAAACCUUACCUUGCGCUUUUGGCAAUCUGAUAUUACUCCACGGAGUCUUGCAACGUAUAUAUUUACAACGCCAGCUUUCAUUUGGAUCCAAUUUGGGAGAUCAAACAAUCCACGAGAUCCAUAUAUGGCAGCGCGUGUCGGGUUCCGAUUUACAUCCAAUCAGCGAGCAUGGACCGAUUCCUUUCACUUCUGUUGCAUUUCUAACUGUAGCAUAUGUUCGAACUCAUAUGGAUAUAGGUCCUCAUAUGCUGUUGGCAUCGCGUGAUCCAAAAGCAGUCGCAUCAGCGCUGUUUUCAAUUGCUCCUUUACAACGUCAUUCAAAUCUUACAAGUGCUUUAUUGCAUGCGAUUCAUUCACUGAGUUUGCCAGUAGCUUUUGGCAUUGAACAUGUGGCUAGAAGUCAGUCAAUCUUGUGGUGCUGUCAGCAUGCAGUAUGCGCCCUUGAGUGUGCAAUUUUUCUUAGCAAGUGGCUAGAAACUAUUGCUACUACACAAAUGUCAAAUCCUUUGGAACCAUAUGAGAGCCACAUACUGUCAUCCGUUGAAUCUGUCAUCAAAGAAGCCGUUGAUUCUGCAGAUUGGGAGCACAUGGAUACACCAUCCUGGUUUCAAAGUCCCCGGCAUAUGGGCAUAGCUGUGUUGAAAGUAUGGUCGAAGAUCUUCAGUGAGAAAUCUGCAUGGGCAAUCACAGUGCACGUUGGCGAAUGUCUAAAUGAAUUCGCGGGAAUGUAUGAGAGAUCAUUCCAGCAUAUGACAUAG